AUGUCGAGAGGAACAAAAAAGCUUGGAAUAACAGGAAAAUACGGUGCAAGGUAUGGUGCAACACUAAGAAAGAGAAUGAAGACUAUAGAGGAAUCACAGCACCGUAAGUAUGUUUGUCAGUCAUGUGGAAAGCUUGGUGUUAAAAGAACUUGUGUUGGUAUUUGGAAGUGCAGAAGCUGCAAGCAGAAAUUUGCAGGUGCUGCUUACAGUCCAGUAAGUGUGGCAGGACAAACGUUUAAUGCACUCAUUAAGACUUUAGAAAAAUAA